CAGAUGCCGAGUGAGAAAAAAUUUUUUAAAUAUCGAAAACGUGAUAAACGUAAAUUAAAAUGGUUAAAGAAUAAGUAUAAAAGAGACAUUGAUGUAGACGGAGUAAAAAAUUUUAUAUGGCAAAUUGAAGAUAAUUCGAAAGCUGUGAAAAGAAAAAUAGAAUCGGAUGAGAAAAGUAGCGUAUCGUCUAAAAAAAGAAAAUAUUGCAGUGAUAUUGAUUUGUUUGAAUCUUCAGUAGUUUGUAUUCCUAAAAAAAUAUCUAAUGAUUUUUUAAACGAGGAUAUUUGUAAAUCGGAAAAAACCUUUUCGUCAUCGAAAUGUUCAGAGGCGUCUGAUUGUACGUCACCAAGUGAAAUAACAGAGGUGAAUGAAGAUAAUUUAAGAGAAUCGUCAUUAAUUGAAGAUGUAGCUAUGACGGAAUUUGUAACAAAAUUAAAUGAUUCAGCUUGCGAUUUAUCGACUAGUCAAACCUUAUCGUCAGAAAGUACUUGCUACUCUAACGAAGAAAAAGAGAAUUUUGUAUUUGAUAAAGUCAACGAAGACAUUACUUAUAAUAAUAUUCAUUCCUUACCCGUAAGAUUAGAAAAUAUUGAAAAAAAUACGUAUGAAGUAGAUGUAGAUAAUAAAAUUGAAAGCAAUGAUUUUGUUUGUAAUGCAACUAAUAAUUCAUGCGAUAACAAUUUUAUGAAUAGCGUUAAUAUAGUUAACAAUCAAACAAAUGAAAAUUGUAGUCAAUUUAAUGAGUAUUCCGUGUCUAAUAUUAAAUCGGAUAUGUUGGAUAAAUCGAUAUCUACCUGUAAUCAUGAAAUUAGUAGCGAGCAAAAUAAUAAGCAAAAUAACAGUUGGAUAUACAAUGAUAAAUCGGAAAUAAAUAAUUUAAGUGGUACGCUUGAAUUAGCUGUAAAUAUGAAAGAUACUGAAAAAUGUGAAGAAAGUCUAUUUAACCUGAAAUGCCAGGAUGGUGCUUUAUUACUUCGAGAAUCCAGCGAAGUACUCGAUUGUAAUAGAAGCGUAUCGAGAAUAGAAAGUAAUAUAACUGGAUGUACUGAAAAUUCAAACGAAGAGAAUCCUUGCAUUAAAAAAUUGCCUGCCUCCGAUUUAUUUUCAAGCACAAGUUAUUUAUCCGUUAAAAAACAUAGCAGUGAAGAUGUAAUCGAUAAAAAGAACGAACGAGAACAGAAUUCGGAUUUUCAUGAAAAUUUAUACCCAAGUAUGUAUGAUAAAACAGAAGAUGAAAAUGAAAAUUUACAGGUCACAUGCAACGAUAGAAAGUCAGAAAAUUUAUCCGUUUUACCGGUGAGACCCAACAGCAUUGAAAAAGAUAAUCAUUUGGCUGCAGACAGUAUUAUUGAGAUACAAAAUCAUAAGUCCUUUAUUGAAGAAACGAGCGAUUUUUUCGAUAAUAGUGUAAAUAAUGUUGAUGAUGUACAUAGCAUUUCAACGAGUCACGAUCUUAACAUUUCAUUAUCAGCUACUGUGGACGAUAACCAACAUAGCAACAUUAGUGCCGACCAUUCGACCGAUGAAACCUUCGAUAAGAAGGGCUCGAAACCUCGUAGUCCAAGAACGCGUAACGAAUUGAAUAAAACUUGCAACGCUAAUUUAGCAGGUGGAAAUAGAAAGAAAUUGCUGUCGAAGAUCAGAAAUUUGAGUAGAAACAGUAAAAAACCAAUUGUUUUGAAUAAUUUAGAAGCGGGAAACUUACAAUUUAGAGAGAAAUUAAAUGGUGUAAGUGACACGCCAGUAAAUAAAACAGUAAAUAAUCCAAAUACAUUAGUGGAGUCUGUGCCAAUUAUAGAGCCGCCAAAAAAGCAGCGUAUAGCACAUACACCAAAAACAAUUAAUUUUAAUGUUAACAGUGAAUCCAAUAACCAAAUUGCACAGGCAAUGAAGAGAGCAAAAUCACUUUCUAAAGACCAGAUAGAGGAUAAUAAUGAUAAGGUAUCUAUCAUUAUGAAUGAAAUUGAUAAAACCUUUAAAGUUAUGGCAAAGGUUCCAUGCACUUCAAGCGCCUUAUCAGCUCUUCCAUGUGAUCCAAUUUCCAUUUCAUCGAUUCAAGAUAAUGCAUCCGAAUAUAAUAGUAGAUGCUUAAAUCCGACCAAUAAUGGCGAUAAUGUAAAAAAUUGUAAUGAUAAAUUGGUGAAAGCUUUAACUCCGAGUGCUGUAUUAUCGGAAAUUCAUCAGGAAUCACCGGAAAUAACAAGUAUCCGAGAGAACCAAUGUUUUGAUAGAAUAUUCAGUUGCCAGGAUAAUUUAUCUAAUAACGAACGUAAGAAAGUUUGCCGUUUAAAGAAAGUUUGUUCUUAA